AUGGUUUUUCGAGAAACCAUGACUACGAGUCUCAUAAAUGACCCAACAAUGCUAAUUUCAACACCAGAGGCAAUAAUCGUUUCUCACCAGCCAUCUCCGGCAUCGGCUACACAAGUAUCCGGCGACGAGCCAGAGCAGGUGACGUGUGACUGCUGCGGAUUAACCGAGGAGUGUACACAGUCGUACAUAGAGAUGAUCAGAGAGCGUUACAUGGGGAAAUGGAUCUGUGGUCUCUGUUCUGAAGCUGUCAAGUACGAGGUUGUAAGAACAAAACGAUUGCUAACUACAGAGGAAGCCAUGGCUAGACACAUGAACAUGUGUUAUAAGUUCAAAUCCUCAAGCCCACCUCCGAAUCCGACAGGACAUUUGAUCUCUGCGAUGAGACAGAUCUUGAGAAGAAGCUUAGAUUCUCCAAGAAUGCUAAGGUCAAUGCCUAGUAGUCCUUCUAAAGACGAAGAUGAUGAUUGUGUUUCAAAUGUUUUGGCUAGGUCUGAUAGCUGUUUCGCCAGUUUGACUUAGAGAAAGCUCAUCUUUGGAAAAAAAAAAAAAAGUGUUUAAAUCGGGUAAUAACCGUCGGUUUAGGGACAACCACCUGGAAAGGAUCCGGUUUUCAGAUUGUAAAAUUUUCGUCAGUAACCAAAAUUGGUUUCUGAAUGUGUUUUUGCCGGAUUUGUGUACAUUUGGUUGAAGUUUUGGGCUAAAAUGCUUUAAAAGAACAAUUCUUGCUCUGUGUGUUUUUCUUAACCUCUCUUUCUUUAUUCUUUUUUCCCAAUUGCUAAUAACUUUAAAGGUUCGGAAUUGUGUCAUUAUGUGC